UACAUUUAGUUCCUCAAGGAAGUUCAAGUCAAAUUAUCUUGUUACAGUGGUGUGAGCACAAGACAGAGUUUGUAGAGGAGUUUUCUUUGAUUUCACCUGUCUGAGGAGAUUACUUAAUCACUCACGCACUGGAUUUCAACCACCUGUUCUGAGCACCGUGGGAGGACAGAGCGUUUGAACAGAAGAGGCAGAGUGAACGAGAGAAAAGCCAGACAUGGAGACGUUCAGCUCCAAGGACAUAGCGCUCAAGGUCCAGAAAAAGAUCGUGAGUCAAAUGGCCAGCAAGUCUGUGGUGCAGAGGUUCAUCGAUGAUACCAGCAGCGAGAUUCUAGAUGAGCUUUACCGAGUGUCAAAAGAGUACACUGGGAACCGCUCAGAGGCCCAGAAAGUGGUGAAGAACCUCAUUAAAGUGGUGGUGAAGAUAGCUAUGCUUUUCAAGCACAAUCGAUUCAAUGAGGAGGAGCUAAAGCUGGCCCAGAAUUUCCAAAAGAAAUUGCACCAGGGAGCCAUGACAGCCAUCAGCUUCCACGAGGUAGAUUUCACGUUUGACAAAGCGGUUAUAUCAGAGAUCCUGAAAGAAAGUAGAGACAUGCUUCUGAAGCUUGUAAACACUCACCUCACACCAAAAUCCCACGGACGCAUCAACCACGUCUUCAACCAUUAUGCUGACCCUGAGCUCCUCACCCAGCUUUACAACCCAUCCGGGCCUCUCAAACCCCACCUCACCAAAAUCUGCAAUGGGCUUGACAAACUGCUGGAGGAUGGGAGGUUAUGAGGACGGCGAUGCACUAAAAGACUUUUACAAGACUGGCAUGGAUGACCACUCGUAAUCUCAGACUGCGUACAGUGCAACCAAAGAGGCAGAAAGUGACUAACUGAAAGCAACGCACUUCAGUUCAACCAUUGAAAUACAGUUCAACCUUUGAAAUAGUGUUGCUGGGCUGUAAAGGAACAUUAGAUCAAUCAGUGGCCUGAUAUUGUUACCACAGCCACUGUUACUACCUGAGUGAGCUCAGAUCAAAUAUAAUAAUAUCAUCAGAACAAUUUUUUUUUUUUAAAGCUAUAGGACACCAGCUGCGUUGGAUAGCAGUUUUCUAGACUACUUAUUUUUUAAUAAUGAUGUUUAAACCACUGGGGUUCAGCUACCCUGCUGUAAAUUAGAGCACAUUGUAUUGUUCAGAACUGUUAACAUUUUAUAGCUGAUUAUUUACCUCCCAGGACAACAAAAUAACACGAAGCAGAAAAACACAAACUCGUUUAUUUACUAAAGGCAUUCUUUUUACACUGCCAUCUAGUGUUACCCUAUGGUUAUGGCUAUGAUACAAAUCUAAGCUUGGCACUACACAGUCAACAACUAUAUUUUGACAUGAACAGCCCUGAGGGGAAUCUGUUGUUCUAAAAGGGAACAAUCACUAAAUAAAUAUUUCCUUACAGCCCUUAUGUAAUUUGAUUAUAGUGUUGCAACACUGGGAUCAGUAAGAUUUGUUUUUAAUACUUUCAGUAAGGGCAUGUUAAAUUGAUCAGAGAGAAAGAAUUUGUUUUCAAAUAAAUGCUGUUCUAUUAAGUUUUAUGUAAAAAAUCCUGAAAAAUGUAUCAUGGUUUCCAUAAAAAUAUAAGACAGUUUUGACAUUAAUACGAAAUGUUAUGAAAAUGCACUAAAUCAGCAUAUUAAAAUGAUUUCUGAAAAUCAUGUGACACUGAAGAACUGUAAUCGCAGGAAUAACGUUUUAAAAUAUAUUAAAAUAGAAAACCUUUAUUUUAAAUUUGUAAUACUACACCAUAUUAUGGUUUUUACAGUAAGCCAUGUAUUUGCAUUAGGCUAAUUUGACAUAGCAUUUAAUGUCUAUAAAUAACUUUUAUUUAUGACAAGAAAUAGCUUACAAAAGCAAAAAGAUUAUAUUUUGUCUUCUGGAGAACAUUCAUAUACAUAAUGCAAACCCUUAUGCUUUGUAUGAACGUGCAAUUCAUUUAUUCCAGGUUAGAAAUGCACUUGACUGAAGGAAUCUAUUAGUGCAAUUCAAUUGUGCCAAAGACAAUACAUGUUUUAGUUACAUGUUGCAACUUAGUUAAUCUCUUUUUACUCUUUGCCAAUGAUUAUCACUCAAGAUUUCAAAGUUAAAAGACCAAGAUCGGUAUGCAUUUAUGGCAUUUAAUUUGUGCAUUGGCUGCUGCAUUCAUAUGACUGAUGCAAAACACGAACCAGUCCAGGAAACAAGACUUCUUUAUCAAAGUCUUUAUCGUGUUUUGGUAACCACAAAGGCCAUUAGACACUUUAGCACUACGUAAACCAAACAGAAAAACACCAAACCAAUCAUGUGCAAGCAGUGAAAAACCAUGCAUUGUGUUCACACGUUUUGACAGGAAACUAUCUGAAAGAUGUCCAGUGGCACAUUCCCAGAGCAUAUACUUUUUAGUUUUCUAUAACUAUAAAAGUAUUUGUGAGGUAGUAUUAAAAUCAAUAUUAAUUAGCAAGUGCGUUAUUUUUUCAAGCUAGAUUCCUAAUUAGUUCUUCCAUUUAAAUGCAGUCAUCUAUGUCACACACAUCUAUGUGUCAUUACUUUGGUUAUGCUCAUACGAAAUACAGCAGAAUUAUAAUUCACAUUAUUACUUUUAGGCAUCAAGCAUUUACAGUGCUAAUGUGUGUCUAAACUUGGAAGUAAUUUUA